GGGAACACCAUCCUUGGGAAGGAGGAAUUUGAAUCUUAUCUGUCACCACAGUCAGUAACCCAAGAGUGCAAGGAAGUCAAAGGCUGCUCUGCUGGAUGGUCACUGGUUGUUGUCGACACUCCUGGCUUUCAUGUCACUGUGGAAGACAACCUGAAAACAGCUGAGAAGAAAGCCUUUCAGUGCCUGUCCGGAGGGGUCCAUGCCAUCGUCCUGGUGAUGCAGCUGGGCCCAAAUGCACUGGACGAGCAGAAAGAGGCUGAGUGGCUGUCCAAGAUGUCCCAUACUGAAGCACACAAGUACACAAUCCUGUUAUUCACCCGAGCAGAGGAGCUGAAGCAUCCCGAAGAUCUGAAGAGCUUCAUAGAAAGGAGCGGAUGCCUCAAGGAGCUGGCAGCCAAGUGUGGAAAUCGGUACCUCGGUUUCAGCAACAGAGCCACUGGGGAGGCGAGGGAUCAGCAGGUUGCAGAGCUCAUCAGCAUGAUUGAUGCCAUGGUAGAGCAGAAUCGUGAUGCUCCGUGUUACACGCGAGAAAUGCUGGAGAAGGUGGGUACCAUCGUGUAGGAAGCAAGGGCUCAG